CAAUGUUCCACUAUAAUAUGGUCCAUUGUUUAGUACUCCACAAUCUAUACAUGUCAUCAAGAUUACCCUCCUCCCACUCACCCCUCCUACCCCUCUCGUCUUUCUCGUCUUCCUUGUCUUCACAACUGUCCUGGUUCUUACAUGUAUUUGGGAACAUAUUUCCAGUCCUACCACAAUGUCAAAUCUUGAAGAGUUAAUAACCACACUCAACGGCAUUGAAGCAGGGAAUUUCAAAGAAAACGAUAUUGACCGUUUGAAACUAAUAGAAGCUGCCAAGAAACUCUUGGUUCGAGUAGAGGCCAAGGAAGAGAGAUGGUUUGAUCUCGUUUUCUCCCAGCCCAUCGUCUUUGCUGCUCUAGAAAUUCUUCUCGACCUCGGGCUGUGGCAGAAAUGGACGGUGAUUGACGGUGCCUCUAAAUCUGUUGAUGAACUCUGCGAAUUAUGCACGCCUAAAUGUGAUCUUAACUUACUUCGCCGUCUCCUCAAGCUUUUGGCCUCGGUUAACAUAAUCGCAGAGACAAAUGAAGAUCACUUUGCUCUGACACACAUGUGGCACGACGACAUGUGGAAGUGGAUUGCUUCACGAACCGUUCACUGGAGUAGCUCAGCCGUAAACUUCCCGCGGUUUCUAGCGAAGACAGGUUACAAGGAGCCCCAUGACCCCAUAAACAGUAACUACGCAGACCAAUCGCCCGGCCAUCUCCAUUUCUUCGACCGGUGCGUUGCCGAGCCAGCGUCCCAGGAGGCCUUCAGUGAUUUUAUGAAAGGCUGGGCAACAUACAAGGUGCCUUGGCCAACAUUUUACGAUACGGACUCUUUAAUGAAUGGCGCCGAUCUGAGCGAUGGGGGUGUCCUUUGCGUUGAUAUUGGUGGUCAUCAUGGCAUUGAUCUCACACGUUUACUCGACAAGCACCCAGAUCUUCCUCCCGGAUCGUUGGUGCUAGAGGACCUGCCAGAAGUCGUCAAUGGGGCUAUAAACCUGAAUGAGAAGAUAAAGGUCAUUCCACACGAUAUGUUUAAACCGCAGCCGGUGAAAGGGAGCCGAGCGUACUAUUUCCAUGCGGUGUUCCACGAUUGGUCGGACAGUGCAGCUACGCAAAUACUCAAAAACACUGUAGAAGUGAUGAAAAGGGGCUAUUCCAGAGUGCUCAUCCAGGACAUGGUACUCCCAGUCGUGGGUGCCACAGCCAUUCAAUCGACCAUGGACGUGGAGAUGAUGUCGCUCUGUUCCGCGUAUGAAAGAACGGAGGGUAUGUGGACUAAAGUCAUAACUGAUGCAGGACUGAAAAUCAUCAAGAUUUGGCAAGAUGGUCGUGGCAACGAAGGUUUAAUCGAGGCAGAACUAGCCUGAGCUGAACUAUCCGAGGUCGCCCCGUAGACAAUGAGCGUCCAAAUUGAGCAGAGAAAUUUGUAUAAAUUAUUAUGAUCUAGUCCGUCUUGAAAUUCUCAGAGUAGAAAGACGAAAGCGAGGUGAAUACUUUUCAGCGCAAUCUUCAUGCCGUUGUUGAAAGAAAUACCCCCUUUUUUGGUUCUUGUCAAGCCAUCGUAAUCGGAUUAGCCAAGCUUGCAGUCUUCCAAUCGCUAACUAUGAGGUAUAUAUAUUUUUUUUAUAUAAGAAAGACAAAAGCCAACAGAAUAAGAGUCCCAGAGAGUCGUGAGGUAGUGGGAAAAGAGGAUGAUG